AUGGAUAAUAAUAAUAGUAAUAUUGAUAAUGAACAAAUUCGUUCACUUACAUAUGAACUUGAAUUAAUGCGUGAACGUUAUGGGAAAUUAGUUGAUGUUCAUGGACAAUUACAACUACAAAAUAGUAUAUUAGAGGAACGAAUACCUUCACUUGUUGAAACAUAUUCAAAUGAAAAAAAUCAAUUAGAACAAGAUUUAAUUGAUGCCAAACAAAAAAUAAUACAUCUACAAGAUACAAUUGAUGAUGUAAAAAUUGAAAAUCAACGAUAUAAAGAUGAUUGUAAUUUAGCUGUUAGACUUUUACAACGACAUCCAAAUGAAUUUAUUUCAACAACCACAUUAGAACAUAUUCAAGAACAAUCAAAAACGAAUCGGUAA